AUUUUAUAAAAUUGGGAAUUUUUGUAACACAGUAAUGAGAUUUGUUUGAGUUACAGUUGGGAAUAUCUAAAUUCGGCAAGGAGAUUGGACAAUAGAGAAAUUUUUCUUAAAUUGAAAAUUUCCUGAAUUGCAGAGUCCAUUGUAGUGUAUCUAGUUAAAUAGAAUGCUUUUUGUUCAACACGUGAAGCUCUGUCUUCUCCUUACUUCAAACAUAGCCCACGGGUGUAUACCAGUCCACUGCACAAUUUGACAAAACACUGAGUAACCUAGGGUCUAUUAAGAUUCUCGUAGCUGGAAUUAGGGCUCAACAGGAACCCAGGCAAAUCGCAAAGUUAGGAGUGUUCACCCUACCCUACGGGUAGGAAAUUUAGUCUUCCUUCUUCUUACCCGAUACUUUGCGAAAAUAUUUUUUCUUGGCCUACCUUACCUGAUCAAGUGUGGUAUUCCUACCUGAUUAAUCGAGUAGGAAAUCUGGUAAACAUUUUUGUAGCUAUUAAUUUUUGGAUCAUUUUGAUAAUUUAAUUAAAUAACAUGUAUCAAUUUAACAACACAAUAAAUCAAAAACUUUAAGACUUAAAACAAUUACAAUAAAAUACAAAAAAGUAUGAACAUCAAUCCAUCAUAUUUACUACACAAAUAUAAUAACAAUUAUUUUAAGUUUAAACCAUAUGAAAGACAUUAAAAAUCAUGAUUGCUCCAAUAGAUUAUUAGUUUACCACAAAUCAUGUAACCUACACAAAAAACAAGUCCGUGUUUUAGCAACUCAAACAUCUACAACAAUAACAAUGUUAUCAUAUAAAUUAUACCACACAAAUACUCUUAUAAUUACUAAAACAAAUAUAAAAAAGUUAAAUAUAUUUUUUGCUGGUAGGUUAGGGUAGGAUAGAAAUACAAAAAUUGAUGGGUAUUUGCAUUCUUACCCGAUUUAAUCGGCAGAUCAAAUUUUUUUUCGCAUUCCUACCUAAUUUUUGUGGCUAGCCGUUCAGUAGGGUCGGGUAGGGUAGAAAAUUGUGGCCAAUCGAAAAUUUGAACACCCCUACCCAUAGCCGAUUCUUGUAGAAGACAUUAGUUGUCUUCUUUGAACAAGCUUAGGACUAAACUUGGAUUUCCUUAGUUAGGGUGUGUGUAUUUUAAAGGCUGAGCUUAGGGGAUGGCGAAAGCAAAGAGAGCAGAAGAUAGAAAAGAGACAAAGGUAAGUAUUUGCCUUCCAAAGAGAGGAGAGAGGCAAAACUUGUGAAAUAGCAGAAAAGGGGCUUGAUGGGAGAAGAAAUAUUUGUAUGAAAGCGGGUUUAUAUCCGCUUCAUUUGACAAAGCGGUCUUGCAUAAUACGCUUUCUGUUUGAAUACACAUUUGUUAUUUAAGUAAAAGCGGAUUUCAUAAAUACGCUUUCAAUAAUAAAAACGGAUUUGUUGAUUCUGGUUUACCACAUGAAAUCGGAUUUGUUGAUUCUGCUUUUAAAAACUUUUGUAGAUUGGUAAAUAAGUUCAAGUCACCCCUCUCCCUCUCUCGCUUCCCCAAAAAAAAAAAAAAUAAUAUAAUUUUUUUCUUUAGUCUAAUGUUACUCCUUACAUUGUAAAAAUUAAAAAAAAAAAAAAGGAAGAAGAUUCAAGGCUGAAGUUGGGCUCUGCUUCGCGACAAAAGGGCUUCUUGGAGUGUACAGGAGAAUUUAAACUUAACAUUGAAUGCAAUCAUGCCACCCUAUCUGGUCACAGCUGCCAUCAUGAGCUUGAAACUGCAAGAAUCAAUGGUUUACUUGGUAACAUUGAUGCAAACACUGGGGAUCCUCAAAUUGGUUGGGAUACAGAUCAGUUUUUGAUGGAUGUAAGUGAAGCAACAUUGGUUAUGCUCAGUGUCAUAAAAAACGAGGGGUUGGCACCUGGAGGAUUCAAUUUUGAUGCCAAGUUGCGGAGGGAGAGCACGGAUGUGGAUGACUUAUUCAUUGCUCAUAUUGGCGGUAUGGAUACCCUUGCACGUGGACUUCGAAACGCUGCCAAGCUGAUUGAGGAUGGUUCUUUAAAUGAGCUUGUUCGCAAGAGAUAUCAGAGUUUUGACACAGAAAUUGGGGCCCAAGUAGAAGCUGGAAAGGCUGACUUCGAAACCCUUGAGAAGAAGGCCAUGGAAUGGGGAGCACCCAAAGUUCCUUCUGCUAAGCAGGAACUUGCAGAGAUGAUUUUCCAAUCAGCAUUGUAGGAGAAAAACAGAGUUUUGACAUAGUUCGAAGUUUCUAUUUGCAACCUUUUUUUCUAGAAAUACUUGGUUGUGUUUACUGGUGACAGAACCAACAGUUACACUUGGGUUAUGUGUUACCAUUCUCUUCCUAGUAAAAUACUGUUACUAAACCCUAAAAUAGUUAUCAGCACAAUUAUUAGUUAGCGGAUAGCUUUUCUACCAGUUAAGCCCUUUUCAUGCUUUAAUGUUAAAUCUAUAUCUGGGAAGUCUGUGCAUGGGAUUAUGUGUGCUUGUAAGGAUUUGUGCUCAUUCAUAAACUCUUGCUGAUGAGUUUGUUUCCUUUUGCUGCUGAGUUUGUUGUUGGGAAACUGUAAG